AAACACCAUGCAGAAAGAAGUAAUUUACGUAGCUCUUCAGAAUACACGGAACCCACUGUGUGUUCAUUGAAGUGACAGAGCUACCAAUGUAAAGGUCGUAGAUUAACUGUUCUAUUAGUUCGCUGUUCAAACUCGACUAAACCUACCAAGCCGUGCCAACGACGAGGAAUGGAUAUUGUGCCAGUCAAAGGUGGAAGGAUGGUUCAAAGUAAUUAACUAUCGGACGGGGACAGUGUAGGUGGCGCAGCGAUGGACAGGGACGCACUCCACCAGUGCGAACUCAUCCAGAAUAUGAUCGAGAUCUCCAUCUCCAGUUUACAAGGACUCCGAACCAAAUGCGCAGCAUUGAGCGACCUCACUCAGCAAGAAAUACGCACUUUGGAGGUGAAACUGACUAAGUACAUCUGUAAGCAGCUGCAGUGUAAGCAGAGAGUGCCUGAGAGACAGAGGACCCAGGCCCUGGCCAGCUACCCUCGACUGGGAGACUGGCUCUGCACCAUCAACCUCAGACCUGAACUCAUACAGGCUGUACCAGUGAAGCUGUCCCUGGAUGCUUUGCUGCAGAUGUCCAGUUGUCAGGUGCAGGACACCAUGAGACAGCUGGGCUCUGAACCAGAGGAGUGCUCCCGACUCACUGCUGCCCUCUCCUGCCUAAAGAGUGCCAGUGGGGACAUCAGAGAAGACCCAAGAACCUGGAUAUCAGAGCCGCCCCGCCGUGACAGUAACACCUUACCUCCUCCGGACCGUCGCCCCUCCACCCCCGCCACACUACCCCGUGGCUCCAUCCUCAGUCCGCAUACCCACGCCCGUUCUGUCUCUGUGACUGUCGUACCCUGUGUGGACGAUAAGGGGCAUCAAGUCUACACAGGAGGCAUGUCGGACGCUUUCCCCUCCUCGCCACUGCUCUUCUCCAAUUCCCCUCCCUCCAAGAGACGCGCCAAGCACCCUCCACGCAUGUCCCCCUCCCGAAAAUUGCUGCAACUCCCCUUCAAUAUCACCCUCACACGCAGCAAGAGCCAUGAGUCACAGCUGGCCAACCGCAUAGAAGAGCCAGUGCCCAACAACAAGGGUGGGAAGAAGAACAAGCUGCUCCUGAAUGUGCACAUUAACAGUAGCAGUGGGAACGGGUGUGAAGACUCCACCCGGACCCCUGGCCCAGCCACCGCCCCCUACACCCUCCCAGGAACCCCUACGCUGCUGGAGCAUAACCUAGCAUUGCACCGGGGGUCUCCACAGAUGAUGAGGAGGGAUAUCGGCCUCUCUGUAACACACAGGUUUUCAACCAAAUCCUGGCUCUCACAGACAUGCCAGGUGUGUCAGAAGAACAUGAUGUUUGGUGUUAAAUGUAAACACUGCAAGUUAAAGUGCCAUAACAAAUGUACCAAAGAAGCCCUUCCCUGCAGGAUAUCUUUUCUCCCACUCCCGCAAAUCCGCCGGGCAGAAUCCGUACCGUCAGAUAUCAAUAAUCAAAUUGACCGUACGGCAGAGUUACCAAUCCAGUUUGGCACUUUACCUAAGGUGCUAACCAAAAAGGACAACCCUCCCAUGCUGGGCCAGAUGGAUUCCAGCAGUAACCCUUCCUCCACCACUUCCUCUACGCCCUCCUCGCCCACCCCCUUCCAGCAGAGCAACCCCCCCAGCAUCAACGCCACACCGCCCCCCAACUCCUCGCCCAACCCCCCCCGAGACAGGGACCACGACAGACAGCCUAGAUUCCUACUCUCUCUCUCCUCUCCAUUUUCCUCUGGUGGUUGUUUCUCAUCUUGUCCUUUAGCUGGCUGUUAUUUACAACCUAGACAACAGUUUAUUUUCCCUGAUGUUUCCUCUUCACCAUAUCCUGUUGGACUACACUCUGAAGGCUACCAUGACACUGGAGACACACAGCAACUGGCACAAUCAGAACCUCCAUGUCAAGGACAGGAAUGUGGAGCGGAAGAGGAGGAAUACCCAGGGGAUGAAGGAAACGGGAGCAAGGAGGGCAGAGAGAAGGGCCACUCAAACGGAGAGUGUGAUGGGGAUGAGAUAGAGGACCUGCCCAGCUACCGGGGCCGACUGGCCGGUGGCCAAUGGAGGGGGCCCAUCUCCCGUAAGGCCAGCCAGACCAGUGUAUAUCUGCAGGAGUGGGACAUCCCCUAUGAGCAGCUGGAGCUGGGGGAGCUCAUUGGCAAGGGCCGUUGGGGGAAGGUUCAUAAGGGGCGCUGGCAUGGAGAGGUGGCCAUUCGGCUGCUGGAGAUAGAUGGUAAUAACCAGGACCACCUGAAGCUGUUUAAGAAGGAAGUGAUGAACUACAGACAGACCCGCCACGAGAACGUGGUCCUCUUCAUGGGGGCCUGCAUGGCCCCGCCACACCUCGCCAUCAUCACCAGUUUCUGCAAAGGUCGGACACUAUUCUCUGUUGUAAGAGAUGCCAAGAACACGCUAGACAUCAACAAGACAAGGCAGAUCGCUCAGGAAAUUGUUAAGGGUAUGGGCUACCUUCACGCUAAAGGAAUCGUUCACAAGGACCUGAAGUCCAAGAAUGUGUUCUAUGACACAAACAAAGUGGUAAUCACAGACUUUGGCCUUUUUGGAAUGUCUGGAGUGGUACAAGAGUACCACAAAAGGCAAGAGAACGAGCUGAGGCUCCCUCAUGGCUGGAUCUACUACCUGGCCCCUGAGAUCGUCCGCAGGAUGGGCACUGGGAACCAUGAGGACCGCCUGCCUUUCUCCAAUGCUGCAGACGUCUAUGCCUUUGGCACCAUUUGGUAUGAGCUGCAGGCCCGUGGCUGGCCACUCACCAACCAGCCAGCAGAGGCCACCAUCUGGCAGGUGGGCAGUGGAGAGGGCAUAAAGAAGGUCUUGGCAAAGGUCAGCCUGGGCAAGGAGGUUACGGAGAUACUGUCUGCCUGUUGGUCCUUCAAGCUGGAAGAGCGUCCCUCCUUCACCCAGCUGACUGACAUGCUGGAGAAGCUGCCGAAGCUCAACCGCAGGCUUUCCCACCCAGGCCACUUCUGGAAGUCAGCCGAGUAUGUAUCCUAAAGACCAGGAUCCCUUUUGAGAUAUACUGAAUAUACUCACUGUAUAUAUAUGUAUAUAUACAGUGAGGGGGGGGAAGUAUUUGAUCCCCUGCUGAUUUUGUACGUUUUACCACGGACAAAGAAAUGAUCCGUCUAUCAUUUUAAUGGUAGGUUUAUUUGAACAGUGAGAGACAGAAUAAUAACAAAAAAAUCCAGAACAACGCAUGUCAAAAAUGUUACAAAUUGAUUUUUCAUUUUAAUGAGGGAAAUAAGUAUUUGACCCCUCUGCAAAACAUGACUUAGUACUUGGUAGCAAAUCCCUUGUUGGCAAUCACAGAGGUCAGACGUUUCUUGUAGUUGGCCACCAGGUUUGCACACAUCUCAGGAGGGAUUUUGUCCCACUCCUCUUUGCCGAUCUUCUCAAAGUCAUUAAGUUUUCGAGGCUGACGUUUGGCAACUCGAACCUUCAGCUCCCUCCACAGAUUUUCUAUGGGAUUAAGGUCUGGAGACUGGCUAGGCCACUCCAGGACCUUAAUGCGCUUCUUCUUGAGCCACUCCUUUGUUGCCUUGGCCGUGUGUUUUGGAUCAUGCUGGAAUACCCAUCUACGACCCAUUUUCAAUGCCCUGGCUGAGGGAAGGAGGUUCUCACCCAAGAUUUGAUGGUACAUGGCCCUGUCCAUCAUCCCUUUGAUGCGGUGAAGUUGUCCUGUCCCCUUAGCAGAAAAACACCCCCAAAGCAUAAUGUUUCCACCUCCAUGUUUGACAGUGGGGAUGGUGUUCUUGGGGUCAUAGGCAGCAUUCCUCCUCAUCCAAACACAGUGAGUUGAGUUGAUGCCAAAGAGCUCCAUUUUGGUCUCAUCUGACCACAACACUUUCACUCAGUUGUCCUCUGAAUCAUUCAGAUGUUCAUUGGCAAACUUUCUUGAGCAGGGGGACCUUGCAGGCGCUGUAGGAUUUCAGUCCUUCACGGCGUAGUGUGUUAAAUUGUUUUCUUGGUGACUAUGGUCCCAGCUGCCUUGAGAUCAUUGACAAGAUCCUCCCGUGUAGUUCUGGGCUGAUUCCUCACCGUUCUCAUGAUCAUUGCAUCUCCACGAGGUGAGAUCUUGCAUGGAGCCCCAGGCUGAGGGAGAUUGACAGUUCUUUUGUGUUUUUUCCAUUUGCGAAUAAUCGCACCAACUGUUGUCACCUUCUCACCAAGCUGCUUGGCGAUGGUCCUGUAGCCCAUUCCAGCCUUGUGUAGGUCUACAAUCUUGGCCCUGACAUCCUUGGAGAGCUCUUUGAUCUUGGCCAUGGUGGAGAGUUUGGAAUCUGAUUGAUUGCUUCUGUGGACAGGUGUCUUUUAUACAGGUAACAAACUGAUAUUAGGAGCACACCCUUUAAGAGUGUACUCCUAAUCUCAGCUCGUUACCUGUAUAGCUCGUUACCUGGGAGCCAGAAAUCUUUCUGAUUGAGAGGGGGUCAAAUACUUAUUUCCCUCAUUAAAAUGCAAAUCAAUGUAUAAGAUUUUUGACAAGUUCUUCUGGAUCUUUUUGUUGUUAUUCUGUCUCUCACUGUUCAAAUAAACCUACCAUUAAAAUUAUAGAUAAUUUCUUUGUCAGUGGGCAAACGUACAAAAUCAGCAGGGGAUCAAAUACUUUUUUCCCUCCCUCACUGUGUAUGUGUGUAUAUAUAUAUAUAUAUUCUCAUGGCUGGAUGUACCUGUUGAUCCCUGUCUCUCCAGUGAUGUCACAUUGGAUGGAGCUGAGAGAACAGGAGGUGUUGAUAUGAGUGUGUGAAUAAGAAUGUGUUUAUGGUGGAGGGGUGUAGCCAUCUGACAAACCUGGGCCUACUGUAUUUUUUUUUUUAGUAGGACCUUUGAUUUAAAUAACUAAAAUGGAUGAAUGUGAUGCAAAUUACCAGCUUUAUACAGUGAGAAGAAAUGUUGUCGUAAAUAGGGAAUUUUUGCUAAAAAUUAUUUUUAAGUAAAGUUGAACAGGACUAAAGGUUUAAUAGCCUGUUGAAACUGUUUGGUUUGUGACUACUCAUUUCAGAGCUGAAUGCCUAAAUCUGUCCAUGUUUUAAAAGAGAGUAUACUUUAUAAUAGCACCACCUCCUACCCCUCUCCCUGUGGGCAGUGAUUGGAGGCUUGAGUGUCCCACCUCUCUUGUGUGUCCCCCUUUCUGUGAAUAUUUCUGUCAUACCUCUCUUGUCAUCUCUGUUUGGGUCUCCCUCCCUCCCCCCUCCCUCUCUGGGCGCUGCUGCUCUCUCCUGGAUGACCACUGACUGACUCCACCUGUUCCUGCUCCACUUCACCCUCACUGUCUCCCUUGGUCCCCUCCACCUCCUCUUUACUUCCACCCCCCUCAAACAUCAACUCUUGUUUCCCCAUAUUGUUUUUUCCCUCCUCCACUCCUUGAUCUAUC